AUGAUGUUUGACGGCUUACUUCUGUAUGCCAUCACGGCGGCAGCCACGGUCAUUCAGUCCGAUGCCCACUUUUAUGGGGAGAGCCCGCCUGUCUACCCAGCUCACGCUUAUGGGAAAGCCAAAGCUCUCAUUGCGGAGAUGACUCUCGACGAGAAAGUGACACACAUAAUGGAUGCUCCGGUAACAUUCCAGGCGUUUCUCGCCUUGGAUUUCCGGGUCUUUGUCUCCAAGAUGCCGGAAACGGUGUUCGAGGCACUGACAUGGGCCUGGUACAACAUCCUGACGUCGGAUCUUAAGACUGGCGCUGACUCGAUAAUAGCCGUUGGACCGUUGGGUAGGGUAGCUCUUGGCGGUCGGAAUUGGGAGGUGUUUUCCAACGACCCUUACCUCUGCGGUUCGCUCGCAGCCGAGACCAUCACUGGCAUUCAGGAGCAAGGGGUCAUGGCGAGCGUCAAGCAUUUCAUUGGCAACGAACAGGAGACAAAUAGAAGGCCCCUCGAGGGGUCCGAACCCCCGGUCGAGGCGGUGUCGUCUAACAUUGACGACAAGACCCUCCACGAGCUUUAUCUCUGUAAGCUACUCAAUGGGGUGCUCAAGACGGAACUCGGAUUUCAGGGCUUCACCGUCAGUGACUGGGAUGCCCAGCGAGUCACGAGUGCUCUCGCCGGCCUCGACAUGGCCAUGCCUGGUUCCGUAUAUUGGGGCGCCAAUCUUACCACAGCAAUCCAGAAUGGCUCUGUGCCGGAAUCACGAUUGGAUGACAUGGUUACAAGAGGGCCACAUAAGCGAAUCAAUGCCAGAGACCCCAAUGCGGUUACGGUUCUCUUCCAGGGGGCAACCGAAGGGCACGUACUCGUGAAGAAUCUAGAUGCUCUGCCAUUGAAGGAGCCGCAAGUUGUGUCAGUCUUUGGUUAUUCCGCCACUACCUAUCAGGCCUGGGGUCCCGUGCAGGGGAUGGACAUGCUCAAGUGGCUUCUUGGACAGACUAAUGCGAAUCUGACGGAGCUUCUGCUCGCCUCCCGCUCUCAGGAUCUGAGAUCAUCGGCCAUCGCGAUGAACGGCACCAUCUUCACGGGCGGCGGCUCAGGCUCGACCACUCCAGGCUGGAUAUAUAGCCCGCUAGACGCGCUGACGCAGCGCGCCAUGAAGGAUGGUACGGAUCUGCUUUGGGACACGGUCAGCCCAGCCCCAUCCGCGCUCUACGACGAUUACUCGGACGGGCUCGUCAAUUCGGUGGCGGACCAGUGCAGCAACACCAUCGUCGUCAUUCACAACGCAGGCAUCCGCCUCGUGGACGGGUUCGUCGACCAUCCAAAUGUCACCGCCAUCAUCUACGCUCAUCUACCCGGCCAAAGCUCCGGAGAGGCCACCAUAGCCCUGCUAUAUGGCGACGAGAACUUCUCGGGGAAGCUGCCUUAUACCGUCGCCCGGCAGCCAAGCGACUAUGGCGACCUCCUCGAUCCGGACCUGCCGGAGGGCAAUUUCACGCUCUUCCCACAAAGUGAUUUCGAUGAGGGUACAACCAUCGACUAUCGCGCCUUUGACGCGUUCAACAUCACGCCACGGUACGAGUUCGGCUUCGGGAUGUCGUACACAACGUUCGAGUACGCCGACCUGUCGAUUUCCUACCGGGAUGGACUGUCUCGUGACGAAUAUCCUUCUGGGCCCAUUGAGCAGGGUGGCCAUCUUGACCUCUGGGACAACCUCGGCGAUGUCCAAUUCCGUAUCAAGAAUACUGGCGGUGUCGCUGGCCAGGAAAUUAGUCAGCUUUAUCUCGACGGGACGAACAGCCUCAAACACUUACGCGGAUUUGAGAAAGUAGCUUUGGAGCCGGGACAGACUGAGACGGUGACGUUGUCGUUGACGCGGAGAGACUUGAGCGAGUGGGACACUGUUAGCCAGAACUGGAAGCUGCGGACUGGGAGGAUCAGGUUAUGGGUGGGGGCCAGCUCUAGGGAUAUCCGAUUGGAAGGUUUCUUGGAGUUGUAG